AGUGCAACAAAGGCUGGUUUAAGGAGAACUGCACUGAAGCCUGCCCAAGAACAUGUCAUAAUCGGCUGUGUGACAACAAAACAGGAGAAUGUAUGUCGUGUAUAGAACAUUCUACGGGGUCCAGGUGUCAGGACUGCGAACAUGGUUGGUUUGGAGAGAACUGCUCUCAUACUUGCCCAAGCACAUGCCGCUCUAACCGGUGUAACAACAUCACUGGCCAAUGCUUGUCUUGUGUGGGGCGUCGGACCGGAGCCAUGUGUGAGGAUUGUCCGCAUAGCUAUUACGGCGCCCUGUGUGAAAUCCGCUGUACCGCGUACUGCAGGAACAGAUCAUGUAACAAGGUGGACGGGAUCUGCUUUAGUUGUUUAGAGGGCUUCCGAGGGGAGUUUUGUAACAUAG